UCCGGGAGGUGACGUAAUGCUAGGGCGAAGUGCAAGUGCGAAGUCCGUCUCGUCAUUCGUAGUAUAAAAGCACCAGCCUAACGUCUCUGAGCAUUACAUCAGCAUUGAAGCACGCGAAAAGCCGAGUCUAUAGACUGUCACAUGUACCGGAAGCAUCUAAUGGAAGCCGAAAACAUGACUAAGGAAACUGAUGGAAACCAACAGGUGGUGGAGGAGGUGCACUUCCUGCAACGCGUCGCCAACUACCCCGUCGUGAGUGCCACCAUCGGCCAGGUGACGGAGCUGUACGGCCGCACAAAGGAGAACGUGCCGCUGAUGAAGACGACCUUGGAUGCGGCGGAGAAAUCCGUCAUGGCCGCCGCGACCACGGCGAUGCCAAUAGUCGGCAAGUUCCAAGACCAGAUUGAGAUGGUGGACAACUAUGCAUGCAAAGGGCUUGACAAGCUGGAAGAGUCGGCCCCUGCCAUUAAGAAACAGCCGAAUGAGCUUGCUGAAGAUACUAAGCGCAUCUAUAACAGCACCGUCACCGCCCCCAUCGCUGAAGCGAAGAAAUACGGAAGCGACAAGGUGGCUGCUACAAGGAAUUACAGCAUUGAGAAGGUGGAAGGUGUCCGAAUUUACAGCUAUGAUAAGCUGGAUGCGGCCCUGCAAACCAAGUACGGCCACAUGGUGAUUGACGCGACGGACAAGGCUCUGACGAUCGCCGAAAACUACGUCGACUACUACCUUCCUUCAUCGGCGGCGGAGGGCGAGGAGAGCGAGGGAGAGACUCCGGGCAAGGCGAACGAGAACGCCGGACAGUUGAACCGCGCCGUCAACCUGACGAACAAGACGCGGCGUCGCAUGUACGGUCACAGCAUGAGGCAGCUGCACAACCUGCAGCUUCGCACGCGCGAUGCCGUCGAUCAGCUAACCAACACCAUUAACCUGAUAAGCUACGCAAAGACGCUGGACAGCAACGUCAGGGACAACCUGGCAGUCGCACAGGAUGGCGUCUGGAAGGCCUGGGAGGACAUCACGACUGACCACGAUGCUGCAGAGGGAGAGGGAGAUGCUAAUGCCGCCCCAAAGACGGCUGAGCAGAAGGCUCUGCUGGUAGCGCGUAACGUGACGCGUCGUCUGCAGUCGACCUACGCGAGCGUGUCUGCCAGCAUCGCAGACUCCGUACCCGCAUCCGUUGCCAAGCAACUACAGGAAGCCCAGAAACGAAUCGACGAACUGUACGGCCAAUUCAUGAAGACAACCAACCUGUGGGACAUGCCAGUGAAUGUUCUUUCCUUGACCAAGGAAAAGGUUGGGUAUCUUGAGGAGACAACUUUGAUGGUCUACGAGUUUCUACUCAGUCUUCCCGUUGUUAAUUGGAUGGUGCCAAACUUUGACGACGGCAGUGGCAUGGAGUUCGAUGAGAAGGACAUCAUUGCUGACCUUGACGCGAACCAAGGCUAAGGUUGCCGCGACAACUAACCACAACGACAUAACGAGGUGACCAGACACCGCCACUACGAGGUUACCCCGGUUCGGCUAACGUACAUGGCUUUUAAUCCUGCUUUAUGUCUGUCAGUGAUGGCAGUGGUGGGGGUAGCUUACACGCAGACAGCUCCUCAUAACGUUUCCAUAUCACAGUUGUGCUGUGCUACACAAUUUGAGGAAAAACUGGCAAUUAUGUUAUAUAUAUAUAUAUAUAUAUAUAAUUACACACACACAUGUACGUAUAUAUUUCACAAGUGAUUAAACUGUGGCAAUCAGGAGAAAAUGUGGGGAUUUUUUUUCAAAUAGCUGUAGCAUAUAUUACAGUAAUAGGCCACGAGGGGAAACACUUUAUAUACAGAUAGCAUAUGCACGAAACGAAAACCCAUAAUUGCACUUUGAUCCUUAGUAAUGCAAUGUGCUGCUUUGAUGACUACCAUAUAAAAGUGUCAUUGCACACUGAUCAAAUACUUUAAAAAUGCCAACCUAAGCACUUAUAGUAUUACAGAGCACAUCGUUCUGCAUCUAGAAAUUAAGAAGAUAUUUUAAAAAUCUAUAUCACACAGUGUCACAAUAAGUGGCCUCCCUGGAUUAGCAUGAUAGUGAAUAAACUCUAGCGCCCAUGCCAACUACGUUUUUAUUAUAUUAACCGUUUUAACAUAAGCAAGUUGCUUAAAACGUUCUUAUUCGCUAUUCAAUUUUACUAUUUUAUAUUCUGUAGAGAUAAUAACAAAUUGAUAUAACCGAUAUGUAGUGAAGUGUUGAAAAUACAAAAUUCAGAAUGUAUAAUUGUAUUGCUGGCAUUUGUUGAUCUAGUCAAAUAUCACAUAAGAUUAUUGAAAUGGGUCCCAUUGAUAUUUUAAUAGUUGUACUGUUUAAAUAUUGUGUACACAUGGAUAGAAUAAUUUUAGAUGAUUCAAAGAAUAGGGAUCUUGGCAAGUUUACUUGAACUGCUGUUAUCAAUACAAACCAAACAGUACUGCAGACAUCUCUGCAUGCACACACAGCCUUUCUCAUCUGUUGACAGUUCUUUCCAUAACCAGUAAUAUGUUGCAAUUAGUUGGUGCUAAAAAUUAUUUGGCUUUUAAUCUUUGACGUUGAAACCUUUUAGUCUGAAUGUUUUUCUCAAAAACGUGUCGGCUUGUUUAUGUUAUUGUUUGCGGUACAUACUCGUUAUUGUAAUUAUUUGUAUAUUCAGAGUGAAAGGAAUAAAAAGGUUAGACAAAUA